CAUGCAAUGGUAAAACCCUAAUCAGUCACCCCAUUUUAUCAUCUUCAUAGCACCAAACCCUAAUACCCCCUUCCUCAAUCUCGUCGCGGCAGAUCUCUUCGCGUCUGUAGUCAUUGAAAAUGGUGACCACCGGAAAGAAGACUAAGAAGACCCAUGAGAGCAUUAACAACAGGUUGGCUCUGGUGAUGAAGAGCGGCAAGUAUACACUUGGGUACAAGACUGUUCUCAAGACCCUCAGGAGCUCUAAAGGAAAGCUCAUAUUGAUUUCCAACAAUUGCCCACCUCUGAGGAAGUCUGAGAUUGAGUACUAUGCUAUGCUUGCUAAGAUUGGGGUUCACCAUUACAAUGGAAACAAUGUUGAUCUCGGUACUGCUUGCGGGAAGUAUUUCCGUGUGUCUUGCCUUAGCAUCGUUGAUCCAGGCGAUUCAGACAUCAUCAAGUCUCUGCCCAGUGAGCAGUAAUAGAUCAAUACCAUCCAGCAAAGUAGAACCAUGUUUUCCAGGAUUAUGUUAUUCCCCAACUAUUGUUCUUUAAUACCAAGAACUGGAAGAUCUUUUGAAUGCUUAUUAUCGACGAAUUUUGUUUCUUUCUUUUCAUGUUUGAGUUUGAGACUGGAUAAUAGAUGAAUUCAGUAUUAUAUUUUUCAUUCUCCCCUC